AUGGAGGUGCAUGGAGACGUCGACGACGGGGUGGAGGAGGUCGUGGAGGGCGUCCGGAGCUCCGACAUGGCCAACAAGAGAGAGGGUGACAAAGGGGUGGCCAUGGAGGAGGAGGAGGGGGACCUCGAUAUGAAGGAGGCCGUCGACGUGGUCGCGGAGGCGGGCAUCGAUGGGGGGUUCGAAGAGAGGGAGGGUGACAAAGGGGUGGCCAUGGAGAAGGACAGGGACGUCGAUAUGAAGGAGGCCGUCGACGUGGUGGCGGAGGUGGGCGUCGAUGGGGGGUUCGAGAAAGCGGUGCGCGCAGUAUUGACGUCCAGCGAUGCCCGAGAGCGGAGGGGUCCGGAGCUCUGCUGGGACUCUGCUUGCAUCGCGGUGGACGGCAGCAGGGAGGUGCAAGAGCAGGACGGCGACGUCCUGAAGCUUGAACAGCUCGUGGCCCGUAUCCAGCGGCUGGGGGACCAGUGCGAGAUAGCUUGGACAGCUCCCUGCGCGCAGUGCGGCGGCAACGUGCUGGACCCACGGCUGCGUGACGUGAGCUUCCUGCGCGUUUUCCUCGCGGUGUGCAUCUCGUACCUCGGGGCCGAGGACCUGCUGGCUCCUGGGCGCCAGCGGCGCGAACACCUCGGCCGCAGGUACGAGUUCGCCUGUCGGUGCCCGCGCUGCGCUGGGCCGUUCGACGACGUCCUUGUCCAUCCUUGCCCGAGGCCUGGCUGCGAGGGUUCCGUACGGCUCGGCGCCAGGGCCUGCGUGCCCACGUCGGCGUCGGCGUGUUGCACCUGCGGCUCUGCGCCCAGCGCCCGGCACGUGCGCCGGCUCGCGCGGGAGGACGCCGCGCGAGAGGCGCAGCUGGUGGCGGCCAGCGGGGGCCAGGCCGGCGGCGGCGCGCUAAAGGCGAUUGUGCUGCAAUCGGAGCGCCCGCAGCACUACCUGGCGCGCGGCCUCGCCCGCCUGCGCUACGACCGCUGCGCCGCGUCUGGCGACGUGGACGGCGCCAUCGCUGCAGCGAGGCGGGAGGAGCGCGCGUGGCGCGUCCUGCGCCGCUCGCCCCCGCGCCUCUGGGCCGCGUGCCUGGAGCGGCUCGCGGCCGCGCUGCUGGCCGGCCCUGGCCCCGCCCCGCGCGCCCGGCUGCGGGAG